CAACUACAUAUCAAUAAGCGAAAUGAUAGACCUUUCCACGUCCCUUUAAUUUCAAUGGUUUACAGUGAAAGCGAAAAAUCAAUUCGUUUUCACUGGGUGAUAUAGAUGAACUAUCCCUGACAAGGUUUAAGUGGUCUUUGUUUAACUAUACCAAUUAGAUAGAGGGUGACAAGAUUAUGAAAGUGACUAUUUGUUAGGCGCCUGUAAUGAUUCUGUUAUGGGUGUCAGCAUUUUUAAUACACUUGGCUCUGAUCUUGUACAUAGCAUUACCGUUGAUUGUAGAAACGUUUCCUGCCUUUUGUCGGCGACUCGUUUUUAAAACACGUAGUGGACCUAGCUUUAGUUCCAGAGUCUACACACACUUUGAAUCUGUGGACAUCCCUAGUGGGCAUGCCCACAAUUUCUACAUCGCUUCUCUAGAUGACAAAGCUCUGUUAGGAGUAUGGUAAGUUGCAUUCUGAUUGAAUGAUGCUAUUUGAAUUGGCACAUUUCUAGUGGUGUAACUAUAUACUUAGUUAAAAGGAUACAUUUUCUAAAAUUUUGAAGUUGACAGCCUCUUGGUUUUGCGCCUUACUAUCUUAUCACGCAAAAAUUCCAACGCUUGGCAGUUACAUUUCUCCUGUGUCUGUAGAUAGUAAGAGGAGUAAAAGAGAAAUAUGUCAAGUAUAUUUCGAUAAACUUAGAGCUAUACUGGUAAACAUGAAAUAAAGCAUAUUCUUCCAUCGAAUAAUGAAGAAAUUGGUGCUACCGAUUCACGGAGUUAUGAAGAAAUAAUGAAUUCAUUGCCUAAUGAUAUACCUGUAUUUAUUUAUUUCCAUGGUAAUUCGAAAUCAAGAGCUAUUCCUUGGAGAGUGAAUAUUUAUAAACUAUUGUCAUCUCUUGGCUAUCAUGUUUUUUGUUUCGAUUACAGAGGUUAUGGCGACUCAACUGGGUCAUUAACUGGAGAAAAUGACUGUCUACUGGAUAGUUUAACAGUUGUUCAAUUUGUUUGUAAACGGUUUCCUUCAGCGCCGAUUUUCUUUUGGGGUCAUUCACUUGGUACUGGGGUUGUCGGUUGUCUUAUGGAUCAUUUCAAUAAAGAGCAUGAUUCUUUAGCAAAUAUUCGUCUUCCAAAAGGUAUUAUUCUUGAUGCCCCAUUUACAUGCUUAACUGAUGUGAUACAUCACAGAAUAUUUAUGAAGCCUUAUCGAUUAAUGCCAAUUUUACAAGGACGAUUAGUAUCUGCUAUGAACAAAGUGAAAUUAUUAUUUAAUACCCAAUCAAACCUAAUAAAUUGUCCCAUUCCAAUAAUCAUAUUACACGCUGAAGAUGAUGCUGUUGUACCAUUCACUUUAGGAAAAAAGCUUGCUGAAAUUCUUUCAACUAAUGGUACUUCAGUGUUCUUCAAGCCUUACGAGGGUAAACUCGGUUACCGACAUAAUUUUAUUCACACAGCACCAGAUCUUCCGGAUAUUAUUACAUCAUUUGCUCAAUCUACACUAUCGGGAAGUUUAAAUGCAUUGGAGGAUUUAAUAAUUUAAGUUUGAUGAUGUAGACAAGAUAGCUAAACAUCUAAAUAUAUAUAUAUAUAUAUAUAU